UGCUGUUAAAGUUUGAAUCUUUGCUGAUACUUCCAGACUACCAGUAUUCGAAUGAUCAUCUCUUUCCCUCUCUUCCUUCUUCACCUCCUCACACAGAAGGCGAGUCAAAUUGCAGUAGAGAUUUGGAUGCUUUUCUGAAGCUAGACAGUUUAGUCGAUGGCAUCAUCUGAGAUAACAUCGGGGGCAUUGGUCACAUUGCAAGAUUUGCAUCCAUCUUCCCCAUAUUUCAAGCAAGGAGCAUCGUUACGAGUAACCGGAAAGUUACACGAUUACUCUGUAGAGACAGUCAUUGCCACAAUCGUCGAUGGAAGUGAGAGGUUAAAAAUCAACACGCAGCACCUCCGGGAGCUCAGCUUUCGAGUUGGAUCCAUCUACCAGUUCAUCGGCGAGCUGCUUAUUCAACCGGAUAAUGAGGCAGUGUUGCAGGCGCGUAUGGGAAGGAAUGUUGACGGCAUUGACCUCAAUCUAUAUCAUCAGUCUCUGCAACUGUUAAGACAAUUUCAGGCCGACCAUUUGAAGAAGCCAGCAACUUAAUACAAUUGUUCUUUUGGAAAGGCUCAUGUGGUUGAAAUUUAUCCUGGUCCCCUUCAUGUUAUGAAUUAGAGAACUUUUGAAAAAUAUUAAAUUUUGGUGUCGCUCUCCAUACCUACGUAUUUGUUGAACAGAAAUUACCUACACUUGAUAUGUCAUUGUAGCAGUAUUCCAAGCUAAUAAUACAUUAUCAUUUCGUAAAGUUAAAAUACUUGACAGUGUAUUUAGCA